AUGUGCAACGCUUUGGCGGCUUUAACAGAGCAGCAGAUCCGAAUCAUAUCCGAUCACCCCUUCAAUGACUCAUUGGAUUACUUUCGGAUCAAGUUGAGCGACUUCCAUCAAUCCGACACCCCGCGGCAGGAUGAUGUCGUGAGCCUUGUGGGGACUCUAGUCGCGUCCCCUGCUGCUUUCAACCUUCCAGAUGGAAACAGCAACGCUGCAUUCAAGUUGCUACCCAUAUUACAACGUGUCCGAAAGAGCACAAUAGAGCUCGAUCGAUUCCGUCCUUUAGUCCGCUGUGUUAUCAAUAAAUCCCCCGACGACACCAUCUGGGCUGCAAUCUUCGGCCUUUUUGAUACCCUUGGUCCACUUACUCCUUAUUCUAGCAUCACCCCAACUUUCAGAGGUACGGAGGUGAGAUCUAGCUCGAGCAGGCUUGCUGACAGCGAAACGCGCGAUAUUGUUGAAAGGGAGCUUUUAGAGGAAAUACGGACAUGUACCUUUCGCAAUGUGGGAGGGUUUUGCGACAGGUUCUUUGACUCCAAGAGUUGGGGCAAACAGCAGCAGGAUAUGCUGAAGAGGGUAAUGGCAGAGCACGAUGGAAUGAGAUGGAAAGGCUUCCCACCCACCCCUGAUGAAAACUUGGUCUGGGAGUGGCUUCUCUCACUGGAAAAGCGUGCUUUCGCCGAUGCGCCAUAUAAGCUUCAUACCACCACGACCGCAAACCAGUUCAAGCAACGGAAAGGCCAGAUGGAUAUCUUCUUUCAGAUACCCGCCGCAAAAGCCGGUGCUUUUGAGUAUAAGCAUGUCCUCGUCGUGGGAGAGCAAAAGAAAUCAUACGAUAAGGGCCGCUUCGAGGCUGAUCUGCUCCAACUCACGCGUUAUGUGCGAGGUGUCUUCGCAGACCAGCCCACUCGCCGCUUCGUCCAUGGUUUCACACUCUGCGCCUUCACAAUGGAGCUUUGGGUCUUUGAUCGGUCUGGGCCGUACAGCUCAGGGUCGUUUGAUAUUCACGCCAACCCGGAAAAGUUCGCGCGUGCUAUUAUUGUCUAUGCCACAAUGGAUGAUGAUGCUAUGGGUCGAGACACAUUUAUCCAGCGAGAGAACGGGCAUCGCUAUAUCCCUGUAGACGACACCAAUGGCAACCAAACAAGAAUCAGGCUUGGAAGACCGAUGGUGAGACAGAAAGCUGUUGUAUGCCGCGGGACAACGUGUUUCGAGACCCGAAACAGCCAAGUUGCGAAAUUCUCAUGGGCAUCCGACAAGCGGCAGCUAGAGGUUAAACAGCUCAGGCUAGCAGAAGAAAGGGAUGUUCAGGGAGUAGCCAGGGUUGUGGCGCAUCGCCAGAUUGGCACUAUUGCGAAGCUGCGGGAGGGCUUAGAUUUCCAAGAACGUCACCGCCACCGCUUCCGCAAUGAAGACGCCCACCUCGACAGCCCGACGGUCCUAUCAGGCAUAAGCACACGAGGCAGCAAGCGCAAGUUAUCAUCCAAUCACACCUCUGAUAGCGUGCGAAGAUCCAAGAGGUUGCGGUCUGGUAAUCACAAGCCAAAGGAGUUGAGUGGUCAACUAUCAACCGACAGUGCUAAACUGAGUCUAUGCACGCCAUUCGAGGACCUGUGGCAGAACAGAAUAUAUUCAGUCCUUGUUAUUUCCCCAGCUGGUCGUGUUGUGAGUGAAUUCACCACGGUCAGAGAACUCUUGGAAUCAUUGCGAGAUGCCAUCAAGGCGCACCAGUCUCUCUACACUAAGGGCAAUAUCCUUCACCGCGAUAUUUCCACAAAUAAUAUCAUUAUCACAGAGGCCGAGGCAUCAGGCGGCUUCAAGGGCAUGCUUAUUGACCUUGACCUAGCGAAGGAAAGAGACAGUGGUCCGAGUGGAGCACGUCACCAGACCGGUACGAUGCAGUUCAUGGCAGUAGAGGUGCUCCGCAUCACUGAUCACACAUAUCGCCACGAUUUAGAGUCGUUUUUCUAG